UUCAGUCUGAGAAAAACGAUCGGAGAUCCAGGAGGUGUCUGCUGGACGUGGUGUGCGCCAUUCGAACGCCGAUGCUGUGUUGUACAUAUUGUUUAUAUAUAGAAAGAUAGAACAUCUCUGUGUUCCCAAACGUGAGUGCGAGUGUGUGUGUGCGAGUGUCUGGUGGAUUUCAAAUUGGAAUUGGAAGAGGAAUACGUGUAUAUCCGCUGCACCAGCACAGUUUUUAAAUAAUGCCGCAGGCCGAAAAUGUGAAUAUAUCCUAAUUACACAUUUUCCGAUCCAUUGUGCCCGACGAAUACGCCUAAUUACCAGCGGAAAAUUUCAUUUCAGUGAAUCGGAAACGGAAAAAUUCAAAUUUUUACCGUCGUUUGUGUGCGGCGCGUUCUAAAUAUAAAUAAAAAAGAAAGAAAUCGCUUUCGGUUAAUGCCGCGUUGAAAAUACCCAUCCAUUGAAAAUACUGCGCCCUAAUCCUACACAGCAAGUCCUGAAAGUCCCAUGCCGAAGUGGCCCUGUUUCGGCUAAUUAUAUAGUGAGACCUGAGCAUGGAAAGUUCGCCAGCAGCCAAUGCCGCGGAGCCUCCUGGCGAGGACGGAGGAUCCGAGGCGGGCCAGCGCCAACCACCUCGCAUCACGUUCAGCGAUAACUCCAGCUCCCUGAUCCGCUGCAUCCCCAACGAACGAGCCACGUUCUUCGUGAAAAUCGACUGCGCCGAGGAGGAUGAGCCGGAACUGCUGCCCUUCAAAUUCGAGUGGAGCCGAGGCGAGAUUCCCAUCGAGAACUCGGACCGCUUUCGUAUCACGGCCACCAGCAAUGCCGUCCAGUUGGCCGUGGAGCACGUGCAGCGGGAGGAUGCCGGUCACUACACGCUGUUCGCCCGGACGAAGAGCCAGGAUGUGGUGCGAAGGCACGUGGAGCUCAUCGUGGAGGACAGAUCCACGGGCGACGAUCCGCCGGUGUUCCUGCGCCGCCUGCUCGACCUCUCAGUCAAAGUGGGCACCCGGACACGCCUCCUAACCGAAAUACGCAGUUCGACAGAUCUUAAGCUAACCUGGUACAGAAACGACCGGAGGGUGUGUGCAAAUGACCGCAUAACGGAGAUCAAUGAGGGCACCUUCCACUACUUGGAGGUGAGUCCCGUGACUUUGGAUGACGGUGGUCAGUGGAUGCUCAUGGCGGAGAACUACGGUGGACGCAACUCCUGCUUGGGAACGCUGACCGUUUUGGUGCCGAAGGCCUACAAAACACCGGAGUUUGUGGAGGAACUGCGAGCGGUGCUCACAGAGCAGGGAACCGUCUCGCUGGAGUGCAAGGUGGUGGGCGUGCCCACGCCACAUUUGCGCUGGUUCAAGGACUCCAAGGAGAUCAAGGCGGGCGACAUUUUUGCCCUGACCGCCAACGCAGAUGACCCCACCUCACUAGGAACCUACACCUGCGAGGCACGCAACUGCAUGGGCGUCACCUACUCCAGCUCCAAGGUGCAUGUGGUGGGACGCGGAAGUCGCGAGGGAUCCCUCAAGCCGGCCGACAGCGUGGCGAGCAAUGCGCCGCCUCCGAUAUUCACGAACGAACUGCGGGACAUGAGCCUCCUCAUCGGGGAUACCAUCAUUCUCGGCUGUCAAGUGGUGGUACCGCCGUGGCCCAAAAGCGUCUGCUGGUACAAUGCGAACGGACGCGUGGACUCCGCCGAGCGGUACAAGCUAAUCGAGGACGGACUGGGCGUCUAUAUGAUAGAGGUGAAGCCCUCGGAGUCCUGCGAUGGCGGCGAAUGGAAGUGCGUGGUGACCAGCUUCGAUGGCAGUGUGGGCAUUACAUCCUGUACCGUGGCCAUGGACAUUCCCAGGAACUACCGCAAGCCCAGGUUCAUGGAGAGUCUACGCGCCGUUCUCACCGAGGAGGGCCUGGUGUCCUUCGAGUGCAAGGUAGUGGGCUUUCCCACGCCCGUGCUCAAGUGGUUCAAGGAUGGACACGAACUGAAGCCGGGCGAUGUCUACCAGCUGACGGGCACCAACUCAUUGGGCACCUACUGCUGCAUUGCCCGAAAUUGCAUGGGAGAAACCAGCAGCACUGCCGUCCUCACCGUGGAGGACAUCCAAAACCAACUGACCGACGAGGAGCGUCUGGUCUUCACCGAACAAAGCCAAAACCAAGCGCCUCGGUUUCUCACCGGGCUCAAGAGCACGGAUGCCAAAAUCAACGAACCCUUUCAAUUCAAGGUGGUGGUGAAGGCCACUCCGGAUCCCAUACUUUCGUGGUUCCGUGACGAGCUGCCCAUUGAUCCGAACGAACGAUACAAUCAUUAUCGGGGCGAAAACGAGGAGUAUCUGCUGGACAUUAAGUCCGUGGAGUUUGUCGAUCAGGCGGAGUGGAAAUGCGUGGCCGUGAAUGAUUUCGGCACCAGCAUUACCUCCUGCUUCCUGAAGCUGCAGAUCCCGCGGCACUACAAGAAACCCCGCUUCCUGGAAUGCCUGCGAGCGGUGCUCACCGAGGAGGGAGCCGUGAAUCUGGAGUGCAAGGUGAUCGGAGUCCCGCAGCCCGCUCUCAAGUGGUACAAGGAUGGCGUGGAGCUGAAACCGGGGGAUAUUCACCGCAUCAUUUCUGGACAGGAUGGCACCUGCUGCCUGGGCACCUACACCUGUGAGGCGCGAAAUUGCAUGGGUGUCGUCGCCAGUUCGGCGUCCCUUUUGGGCUUCGAGGAUGCCCAAAAGAGUCAGCAGCAGAAGAGCGAGCAGCUGCACGAGAACGAGCUGCAGAGGAACUACUCCUUGUCCACCAUCCAGGAGGAGCGCACCUCCCAGCUGUACGAGACCCCGGUCGGCGACAUAACCAUCGAUGAGAAGGGCGACGUGUCGUUCUCCUUCGACGGCAAGGAGGUAUCGGUGUCCCUCUACGAGACGCCCGAUCUCACCGAGGAGGAAGCCCUCAAAAUUGUGGAAAUGUAUGCCGAUCAGAUCUCGGAGCAUGUGACCGAGCACAAUAUCGUGGAACUGCCACCGCUGCGUUUCGUCAAGGAGACCUCGCAGUCGGGAAAACUUUUGAUGGAAGCCGUGGUUAUUGACAUUUCACCCGAAUAUUUUACUGUCGAAGAUGAUAUGCGAACUGAAGCUGAUAUGGAUGACAUAUCCAUAAACGAGAUAACGGUUCACGGAUCUUCGGGAAGGGAAGACAAAGUCGACAAGGAGACGGAGCAGUACGUUCAGGAGUCCUUUGACAAAAUGGAGGAGGAACUAUCGCUAUCGGCUCCGAUUCGAAAGCGCAAGAAGUCCAAGCCGACCGAGACUGAUGAAUUCUUCAGCCUAUCCAAAGCCUCUGCCUCUGGGAGCCAAGGAGAGGAGGAGACAUCCGAUUUGCAAACCUUCGCCAGUGCCCAGAUGUCGGCAUCCCAAAAGGGGGCUUCAGGAGCUCCAACCAGUCCGGAGAAGGACAAAGAUUCUGUGGCGCCGCCGAAGCGAAAGAAGUCCAAGAAACCCACCGACAGUGAUUCCUCCAAAACCACUGAGGACGAGGCUCGUUUGCAGGACAUUUCGGGUGCCGUGGGAGAUGGACUUCUGGUCACACCUUCCUCCCAUGCAAAGGCCGUCACCGAUGAGGAGGAGAUCAAUAAAAACCUAAUUGCCCUCGUUCCGCUGGCAAAGCUACUCAAGGUUAUUGAGAAUCAUCUCUCGGCAGUUGAGAACGAGGUGAUGGAGCAGUCCACCAUGAUGAUGACCCCGUCGGCUGCUGAUCAGAGCAUAGCCAUCAUCCGCAACAUCAUAGAUCCCAUCAAGCAAAUCGAAUCAAAGCUGCGCGUCUACUCCGGCGAGACUCAAAUCGAUGUCCUCAUCCAAUCCAUGGACGAGGAUAUUCGCCGGCUGCACAUGGGUCUGCAGGUCAUCGAGAAGUGCGUGGAGAUCGACGAGACUGGAGCAACGCUCAUCCAGCGCACCAGUGUCUGCAUCAUUGACAGCGUGGCCGAUCAAAUGAAACGAGCCCUGGAAGAGCUGAAGAUCGUCAGCAGGAAGUUUGAGUCGGAGUGUCUGCGGGCCCAAAUCGAACUGACUGCCGACGACAUCCAACAGGGAUUGGAGAUCACGCAAGGCACCAUUAAGUCGCAGGCCCUUCUGCAGGAGGCCCAGGAACUGGAGGCAGCCAAACACUUCUCGGAAGCUGUGGAGAAAAUGCAAGAGGUCCCUGAUUCCAUAUCUUUUGCAACCAUUUCGGAGGCAAAUCUUCCUAGCGAAGCAAGCGCUUUAAAGGAGAUUUGCCAACCGGUGGCCAAGAUUCAGGAAGCCCUGGAACGCGUCGAAAUGGAGCUUUCGUUGGAGGAGUCAGAGGAGCAGAUCUAUAGGAAAGUGCACCAGAAAGUGCUCGAAAGCAUUGUGGAGCCCAUUAAGCAGCUGCAAAGCACGCUGCAGUCCAUCGAAGACAAGACCGAAUCCCUGGCGGGGUCCGAGUCAAUGGAGCAAAAGAUCAACAUGGCCAUUCUUGACAUUGUCACCCCACCACUCUUUGAGCUCAACAAGGGUCUGGAGGUUAUCCUUAACGAAAAAUCAGACAGCGUGGAGGGAGGAAUGUUGACUGUUAGCACUGUGGAAUCGAUGGUUCCUCCGCUGCAGGAGAUUCAAAAUGGCUUGGCGCAAUUGGGACAAGAUCUGGAAAGUGGUCAGGCCUCCCUGCCUCAGGAGGAGCUGCGAUCUGAGCCAGCACUGGAUGUCGCUGAUACCCAGAAGCUUUUACAAUCAUUUGCCCAGGCUGUUUUGCAUUUCGAGACGAACAUUGAGCGAAUCUCGCCCCGACUCUCGUCCAACGUUAAGAUUCGUUUACUGAACCUAAAGGAUGAAUUAUCCGCUUUGAUAAGCACCAUUUUGGAAAGAGACAUAACGGGACACCAUGUAGAACUGUUGGACAGACUAAAGCGACCCGUCGACGAGCUGAACUACUGCAUAAGGCAGACAGAGGUCAAGAAUAUGACCGGUUCCCUGGCCGACUUGAUUGAACCUCUAAGCAUGUUGCAGGAGAACACCCAAAAGGGUCACGGCCGUUUGCUAACAGCUCGUGAGCCCGAUCAGCAGGCUCUCCAGACCCUCGACAACAUACGCAGCAUCAUUCGCAACGUUGUCAUUGACAUAGAAGAGCACGAGUUUAAGAUACUGCAACAGGAAAUUCAACAGGACGAAGAGCAAGCGUCGCAGCAGCAGGACAAGUCCUUCAGUGCCCUGCGGAAGGUACUGGAAACAAAGGUGUCCCUGGAGGAGGCAGUGGGCAACAUUGAAACGCUGCAGGAGGCAUUGAAUAAAAUAAGUGAAAGCCCCAAGGCUUCAGAGAGGGUGAAAACCUCCUCCAAUGAAGCCCAAGUGUACCUCCUGCGUAUUCUGCAAAUCGCCAAGGGACUGGCGACAUUUAGCGAGGCUGAGACAACGCUCGAUGUCAACGAAGCCAACACAACCAGAAUUCUCUUCGAGUGUGGCAAAAGUUUUGCUGACUUGGCUAAAGCCCUGGACAGUCCCGAAUCUUUGACUGAGAAUGAAUUUUUAAAUGCCCUGAAUCAGUUUGGUGAUAUUGUUGGCCAGCAGAAGCAAUCGAUGGAUGAGAAGCUUUCCAUUGCCAGUCCGCUCUCCAGUCUGAUUCAUGUGCUGGAAAAUCUGAAGCCCCUGAGGGCUUCAAUGGAGGAUUUAUCCACUUUGGAUGAUGUUUCAGUGCUUAAGUCAGCCGCAGAGUCUUUGCCCACUGAACCGGAGGCGGAACACUUGAGAUCCGAAAAGCCCUCGUCUGUUGCUGUCCUACUCUCUGACUUGAACCAAGGAAUUACUUCGGUUCUUUCACAUUGUGAAGACCCCGACGUGGUCUCUUUGUCGGGAACAGCUGCUGGCCAGCAGGUCCAGGCAGCCCUCGUCAAGAUGCAAGAACUGCAAAACAGUUUGGCAUUGGUGCAGGAAACAAAUGUGGUGGAAGCAGCUCAUCCAUUAUCGGAGGCAAGUCUGCAGGGCACCUUUGCCGAAGCCCUCUGCAGUUUGGAGCGAUGUGUUCUCCAGGUGGAGGAGUGCAUGGCCCACAGUGGAGUUGAAAGUAUGUCUGAUCUUGAGCUGUCCAAACUCAAGGUUUUGGCCACUCCAUUAGCCGAUUUAAGGCAGUACUGCGAACAGAUUGAUGUUCAGCUCCUGGAGAACGUCGCUGAUAUAUCUACGCAGGGGGAUAUCUCGGACUUAAAGAGCAGUGGUCAUCAGCAAACCGUUUCAGAUCAUAUCCAAGAAGUGGCUGUUGUAGAAGAAGAACCGCAAGUGGAAGUUUUUGACAUUCAACAAGGUGUCGCUAGUGGCAUCAAGCAACUAGAGGCUUGUCUAGAAGUCACCCAAACAGAUGCCAACAAAGAGCUUCAGCAAGUUGGCAAAAUAAUGGAACAACUGAAAUCAGAUCUGGAAAAUAUUCAAACUGCUCUUGUCACCGAUAGCGUUCAGCAGGAAACAGUUCUGGCUCAAGCGGAAAUUGCCCGCACCAUGUUUAGAUUGAAGGAAUCCUUGGUACACACGUACGAAUCUGGCUUGGUAGAUUCGUUGGAGAAUGUGGAGAGUGCCUUUGAAGACAUAUUGCUUUCGUUACCAAUACUAGAGACUCAGUUGGCAGAGGAAAUGUUUGGUAAAAUCGAAAAAUCCUUCGUCAACUUUGUUGCCUAUUGUGAGCGAUUAGAAGCUGUGGAUCAUCAGAAGUUAAAAAAUCUUAAGAAUCCUAUUGAAAAUCUGGUUCGUUCCAUUGGAGCUGUGGCAACUCAACCCACCGUCGAUGUCGACAAAUCUUCAGCAGUCGUCGUUCAACUUCAGACAAGUUUGAUGGCAGCUUUUCGGAGUCUAAAUGAAGUUAGUGAGCAGGUCAGCAACGAUAUAUUGGGUGGUCUUCUAAAAAUCCAAAGUAGCUUAGUGACUGUUUUUGAUUUCAUUGAAAACAAUGACAAUACAAUUCGAGUCAUAGAACUUCUGCAGGAAAUUGAUUCCAUUACAGCCGAAUUGAAGGCAUUAUCUGAAAUUCCGGUUGAGCCUACGGUGCCAAUCGAUAUAAGCGUAAUUAUUGAAAACGUUUCGUCUGGCAAGGCUUUUCUUACUGAAAUCGAGGAGGGACUUCAAGCUAAUAGUCCCCAAUGUGUUCUUUUGCUCGAUGAAAACACUGAUGAUAUAGCCAAACUAGAGGCAAUACUCGUGCAAAUUGAGAAGGAAAUCCUUUCUCAACCGCAACUUACUCAAAUUACCGCUAAACAAUUUACCCUGAUUGACACAUUGCAGCUUCAGAUAAAUAUUCUACAGGAGAAGUUGAGCAAACUGAAUGUAUUUCUCUCCGAGCUUCAAAGUCAAUCGGACGUAUCAUCGCCAGAAUCUGCUUUGGACACUGACAUAGAUAACCAAGAGGGCUCAGGAAGCCAGGAAGACGUUGAACCAGAAGCUAAACGAGCCAAAAUUUUGGAAAUUGAUCCACAAUUAGAAUCAGACAAACAACCAACUGUUACCUCUCAAGAAGUGUCGAAAGAAACUACAAAUGAUGGUAAAAAGCCAAAGGAAAUAGAAUCUAAAAUUCCAAGUGAAAGAAUAUCUCUUGAAGAUCAGUCAGUUUAUGUUGACCAAAAAGCAGAGUAUGCAUUAAAAACAGAUGAAGUCCAGAAAGUAAAUGAACCAAACUUGAAAAAGGAACAGAUGAAUGACAAGGAAAAACCAUCUGAGCUUGUGUCCCAAAUUGCUUCACCAGAAAUUAUUCUAGAAGCUUUAACGGAAAAGUUAUCCCAAUCUCUUAACAAUGAUUCAAACAAAGAAGCAAUAAUAUCUAUUAUUACAGAUGGUCAAGAUAUUCUCGAUAAUAUUAAUGACAUCGACAAAGUGUCAAAAUCUAUAUUUAAACUGAGGGAGCACAUAGUUCACACUUACGAUGGUAAGCCCCCAGAAGAACAGACAGAUAAAGAACUUGUUGAAGAAUUUAUUGAAUCUCUCUUCGAAGCUUGCCCAGAAGCCACUGAGCAGGUAAUUCAAAACUAUGUUAAGGAAAUUAAAACCAACGUUAUUUUAACAAAGGCCGCAAUUCAACUUAUCGAUGAUAGCAACAUGUUCACAAAGCCGUCCCUAUUAGUUCCCAAACUGGUUAAUUUGGAAAAAAUUUCAGAAAAAACUCAGUCAGAGCAACAUAUUGAUAAAUCUUCUGAGAAAAUGAUAAGUUUGCAGCAGAAUUUAAUGGAUAUUUUUAUUAUACUUGAUGACCUAUUAGAUGAAAAGACGGAACAUAUAAAUCCUAAGAUAGAAGAAAUAAAGAGAAUAUUGAUUAGCGAAUAUGACUAUAUUGAGAAAAAACAGGGUCAACUACAUACGGCUGUGGUUAAUGGAAAAAUACAAGUAAUUACACAGAAGAUUCUUAACGUUUGUGAGGACUUUAAAGAUUUUGUUGAAAAACAAAACCAAACCAAGGAUAAAUCAGAUGAAAUAAAAAUACCAGAAGAUGAUGCAGAAGACGUUGUAGACCAUUCAAUAGAAUUCAAACCUUCAGAAGAACCCAAUGAGAUCAGUGAUACUAAAAAUAAAUCAGAAAUGGCCGAUGCUUUAGAGAAACAAAUCCUGGUAGAAAAACAGGCUGAGGCUUUGGAGAAGGAGAUCCUGGAAGAAAAGCAAUUGGAAGUUGAAGCUCAAAAGCAAGCUGACAAAGAUGUCGAACAGAAGUCCCAGAAACCAGAAGUAUCUGAGGUCGUUGCGGAAAAGAUUUCAGAAGAAAGGAUCGAUGAACCCAAGAAGACUGAAAUAAAGGAUAGUGAAACUAAAUCAGAGAAGGCAGAAGCUUUGGAGAAGGAAAUCUUGGAAGAAAAGCAAUUGGAAGUUGUGGCUCAAAAGCAAGCUGACAAAGAUGUCGACGAGAAGUCUCAAAAAGCAGAAGUAUCUGAAGUCGCUGCGGAAAAGAUUACAGUAGAAAGGAUCGAUGAACCCAAAAAGCCUGAAAUAAAGGAUACUGAAACUAAUCUAGAGAAGGCAGAAGCUUUGGAAAAGCAAAUCCUGGAAGAAAAGUAUUUGGAAGUCAAAGCUCAAAAGCAAGCUGACAAAGAUGUCGAACAGAAGUCCCAGAAACCAGAAGUAUCAGAGAUCGCUGCGGAAAAGAUAUCAGAAGAAAGGAUCGAUGAACCCAAGAAGCCUAAAAUAAAGGAUAGUGAAACUAAAUCAGAGAAGGCAGAAGCUUUGGAGAAGCAAAUCCUGGAAGAAAAGCAUUUGGAAGUCGAAGCUCAAAAGCAAGCUGACAAAGAUGUCGACGAAAAGUCCCAGAAACCAGAAGUAUCAGAGGUCGCUGUGGAAAAGAUUUCAGUAGAAAGGAUCGAUGAACCCAAGAAGCCUGAAAUAAUGGAUACUGAAAAUAAAUCACAGAAGGCAGAAGCUUUGGAGAAGGAAAUCUUGGAAGAAAAGCAAUUGGAAGUAGUAGCUCAAAAGCAAGCUGACAAAGAUGUCGACGAGAAGUCCCGAAAACCAGAAGUAUCUGAGGUCGUUGCGAAAAAGAUAUCAGAAGAAAGGAUCGAUGAACCCAAAAAGCCUGAAAUAAAGGAUACUGAAACUAAAUCAGAGAAGGCAGAAGCUUUGGAAAAGCAAAUCCUGGAAGAAAAGCAUUUGGAAGUCGAAGCUCAAAAGCAAGCUGACAAAGAUGUCGAACAGAAGUCCCAGAAACCAGAAGUAUCAGAGGUCGCUGCGGAAAAGAGAUCAGAAGAAAGGAUCGAUGACCCCAGGAAGCCUGAAAUAAAGGAUACUGAAACUAAAUCAGAGAAGGCAGAAGCUUUGAAGAAGCAAAUCCCGGAAGAAAAGCAUUUGGAAGUCGAAGCUCAAAAGCAAGCUGACAAAGAUGUCGUACAGAAGUCCCAGAAACCAGAAGUAUCAGAGAUCGCUGUGGAAAAGAUAUCAGAAGAAAGGAUCGAUGAACCCAAGAAGCCUGAAAUAAUGGAUACUGAAAAUAAAUCACAGAAGGCAGAAGCUUUGGAGAAGGAAAUCUUGGAAGAAAAGCAAUUGGAAGUUGUAGCUCAAAAGCAAGCUGACAAAGAUGUCGACGAGAAGUCCCAAAAACCAGAAGUAUCUGAGGUCGUUGCGAAAAAGAUAUCAGAAGAAAGGAUCGAUGAACCCAAAAAGCCUGAAAUAAAGGAUACUGAAACUAAAUCAGAGAAGGCUGAAACUUUGGAGAAGGAAAUGCUGGAAGAAAAGCGUUUGGAGGUUGAAGCCAAAAAGCAAGCUGAAAAAGAUGUCGAACAGAAGUCGCAGAAACCUGAAGUUUCUGAAGUCCUUUCGGAAAAGAUUUCAGAAGAAUUGAUCGAUGAACCCAAGAACAUUGAAAUAAAGGAUACUGAAAGUAAAUUAGAGAAGGCAGAAGCUUUGGAGAAGGAAAUCUUAGAGGAAAAGCAUUUGGACGUCGAAGCUCAAAAGCAAGCUGACAAAGAUGUCGAACAGAAGUCCCAGAAACCAGAAGUAUCAGAGGUCGCUGCGGAAAAGAUUUCAGAAGAAAGGAUCGAUGACCCAAAGAAGCCUGAAAUAAAGGAUACUGAAACUAAAUCAGAGAAGGCAGAAGCUUUGGAGAAGCAAAUCCUGGAAGAAAAGCAUUUGGAAGAAGAAGCUCAAAAGCAAGCUGACAAGGAUGUCGAACAGAAGUCCCAGAAACCAGAAGUAUCAGAGAUCGCUGCGGAAAAGAUAUCAGAAGAAAGGAUCGAUGAACCCAAGAAGCCUGAAAUAAAGGAUAGUGAAACUAAAUCAGAGAAGGCAGAAGCUUUGGAGAAGCAAAUCCUGGAAGAAAAGCAUUUGGAAGUCGAAGCUCAAAAGCAAGCUGACAAAGAUGUCGACGAAAAGUCCCAGAAACCAGAAGUAUCAGAGGUCGCUGUGGAAAAGAUUUCAGUAGAAAGGAUCGAUGAAUCCAAGAAGCCUGAAAUAAUGGAUACUGAAAAUAAAUCACAGAAGGCAGAAGCUUUGGAGAAGGAAAUCUUGGAAGAAAAGCAAUUGGAAGUUGUAGCUCAAAAGCAAGCUGACAAAGAUGUCGACGAGAAGUCCCAAAAACCAGAAGUAUCUGAGGUCGUUGCGAAAAAGAUAUCAGAAGAAAGGAUCGAUGAACCCAAAAAGCCUGAAAUAAAGCAUACUGAAACUAAAUCAGAGAAGGCUGAAACUUUGGAGAAGGAAAUGCUGGAAGAAAAGCGUUUGGAGGUUGAAGCCAAAAAGCAAGCUGAAAAAGAUGUCGAACAGAAGUCGCAGAAACCUGAAGUUUCUGAAGUCCUUUCGGAAAAGAUUUCAGAAGAAUUGAUCGAUGAACCCAAGAAGAUUGAAAUAAAGGAUACUGAAACUAAAUUAGAGAAGCCUGAAGCUUUGGAGAAGGAAAUCCUGGAAGAAAAGCAAUUGAAUGUAGUAGCUCAAAGGCAAGUUGACAAAGACGUCGACGAGAAGUCUCAAAAAUCAGAAGUAUCUGAAGUUGCUGCGGAAAAGAUUUCAGAAGAAAAGAUCGACGAACCCAAUCUGCCUAAAGUAAAGGAUACUGAUAAUGAAAAGGAGAAGGCCGAAGAUAUGACCAUACAGAAGUUAUGA